AUGGAAACUCAAACGUUGAUGCUACCGUCGCCGAGCACAAUCAAUCAGAUGUAUACCGAGUUGGGUACAUCUGAGACAAAAUUGGAUCUUGACGUGAAAAUUCUCAAAGAGUGGAUGCGAAAACAGCCCCACCUUCCGAACCCAGACGAUGAUGAAAAGAUAAUCGAUGAAAAGCGACUCAAAACAUGUCUGUUCAUGUGUAAGAAUAGUUUGGAGAAAACCAAAGUAAUGUUGGACCAGCAUUACACCGUAAAACUCUCAGCACCAGAAUACUUUUCCGAGUGGGAUCCGACAUUACCAGAGAUAGUUCAAACAAUGAAAUUAUUUUGUUACGUUCCAUUACCAAACCCUACACACGAGGGCCACAGGGUUAGCAUUUAUUGUAAAAGGACUGAAGAUGCCCAACAUUUUGUAAUUGACGAUUAUAUGAAAUUAUGUUUUAUGGUAUUUGAUCUCAGAGUUGCCAAGUUAGACACUUAUAAAAAAGAAAUAAGUAUAGUUGAUUGCAACAAUUUCUCAAUGAAUUUUGUAGCAGCAUUGUUCCCCAGUAUUAAGAAAGGCCUUGAAAUGUUAUUUGCGACAUACCCAUUACGGAUACAUGGCAUUCAUAUAAUUAAUGCAAACAGUUUCGUAAACCCAUUUAUUAAUCUAGCCUUAAGUCUUAUAAAAAAAAAAGUGGCCAGCAGGGUGAUUAAUCACAAAUCCAUCGAUGAUUUGAAAAAUUACAUCGAACCUAGUGUUCUUCCACUUGACUACGGAGGGACUUAUCCAAAGACGUCUGACGAAAUAAUGGAUGACUGGUAUGAUGAAUUAAAGAAUCAUCGAGAAUGGCUUAUGACACAAUCCUCAAUUAUUGCAGAUAAUAGUAAACGACCGAAAAAUUCUAAUAAUCACUUGGAUAACGCAAUGGAAGGUUCAUUUAGGAAAUUAGAUGUCGAUUAGUAACGAUUAAUUGUCAGUGAAUAUAAGUUAGCUCGUUCUUAAGGGAACAUCAUGCGUUAUAGUUGUACACGCAUGAUGUUAUUUUGGCAAUAUAAUUAUUUUGGUGUAUUAUUUUUCUGGUGAAAGAGUAUUUUGUUAUUCUAACAAAAUAGCGUAAUUUUAUGUUGUGAAAAAUGUGUAGGGUGAAUUUAUUUGGUUGUGUUGUAAUAUAAAUGUGUAAUGUAUAAUGAAAAACAAUGUUACUUUUUUGAAAAAGGUAUAAUCUUUAUGUUCUUUGCUAAACAGUUUUUUACGAGCUGCAAGGAAAAACCGAAUUCCCGAUUUAGUAAAAAAUGUACGAAACUUUACUUUGAGCUAAUUCGAUACUUUUCACUUAAAACGGUUCUUUUGCCAUCUGUGAUUUUUGUGUUCAAUC